GGGGGAGGAGUUGUCGUCCGAUUGAUUUGGAAAAGUGUGACUUGGAAGACAAGCCAGAAUCCACUUUUUUUAUCUGUACUUGGCUCCACGACGUAAAAUGAUCUAUUGAAAGGUGGCAGAAAUUUUCGGACACGCCAAAAAUCAGUUCAAUCUCGCUUCUGCUUCGAGUCGUUUGGGUCCGCUUUGAAACUUCGGGGCCUGCUUAGGUUAGCCUAGCCUAGUUUAACUGCUAACAAAGAGAACAAACAACGCUCCUUGGAUCCACACGUCGCCGAGCAAGCCAACACCAAGUCCCAAAAAUGUCAGAUGUCAUUCAAGUUCAUCGUCCUGAACGCCAGGAGUGUGCUCGCAUGAAAGAGGAGGAGGAAGAGUCGCCAUGCGUCAAGAAUAUGGAGGAAAAAUUAGUCCACAUUAAAGAGGAGUAUUUCAUUAGAGUUGAGAACCCCCACAUUGAGGAGCAGCAGCAACUUCAUCCCCUCAAAAAGGAGGAGGACGACCCGCUAGAUGUUAAAGUGGAGGUGGUGGACAUCCACAAGUGGACUGAUGGGAACUUGAAAGGUGAAGAUGGAGGUCCGAGUGAGGCCAGCAGAGGGGCGGAGCUUCUGAGUGGCAGCAGUUCAAAAGAAGGAUUCCAAGCAGACUACCUCAUCGCUCGACCAUCAGAGAGUGACGACUUCACAUCAUACUCAAUGUUCUGUUUCAGAAAAUACCUUGGUGCUGAGCCAGAAUCUCCUGGCGUAAAAGAGGAUGUUGAGCUCCCCCAAAUCAAAGAGGAGCCAAAGCCCGGUCAACGGAAGACACUUCCAAUCAAAAAGGAGGAGGAGGAGCUGCCAUGUGGUAAAGAGGAGGAGGAUCAUAUCACCAGGUUGACUGGUGAGCCCUUGAAGAGUGAAGAUGGUCCGAGUGUGGCCAGCAGAGGGGCGGCGCCUCCAAGCGGGGGGAGUAGCAGCAGGUCAACAGAAGUAUUGCAAGCCGACAUUUACAUUGCGCCGUCAGAUAGAGAUGGCGCCACGUCACACGCACCUUACAAUGAUGAUGGUCAUAAGACAUCUCACGGUGACGACAAACUCAGCAAAUGCUCUCAGUGUGGGAAAAACUUUGCUAAUAAGUAUACUUGUCGGACCCAUAUGAGGAGCCACACUGGUGAAAAUGCUUUAGUCUGCUCAGUUUGUGGUCAAAGAUUCAGUCAAAAGGGAUCCUUAAAACGACACACAAUAAUCCACACUGGCGAAAAACCUUUUUCCUGCUCAGUUUGUGAUCAAAGAUUCAGGAGCAACAGAAAGUUGAUAUUCCACAGAAGAACCCACACUAGUGAAAAACCUUUUGCCUGCUCAAUUUGUGUUAAAAGAUUCAGGAACAACAGAAAGUUGAUAUUCUACAGAAGAACCCACACUGGUGAAAAACCUUUUUCCUGCUCAGUUUGUGGAAAAGGUUUUUUUCAGGCAGGAGACUUAACAAAACACACAAGAACUCACUUUGGCGAAAAACCUUUUCCCUGCUUAGUUUGUGGAAAAGGUUUUGGUCAGGCGGGAGACCUAAAAAGACACACAAGAACCCACACUGGCGAAAAACCUUUUUCCUGCUCAGUUUGUGGUCAAAGAUUCAGUCAAAAACAUAGCUUGAAAAUACACACAAGAACCCACACUGGAGAAAAACCUUUUUCUUGCUCAGUUUGUGGUCAAAGAUUCAAUCUCAAGAGUACCUUAAAACGACACACAAGAACCCACACUGGCGAAAAACCUUUUUCCUGCUCAGUUUGUGGUCAAAGAUUCAGUCAAAAACAUAGCUUGAAAAUACACACAAGAACCCACACUGGAGAAAAACCUUUUUCUUGCUCAGUUUGUGGUCAAAGAUUCAAUCGCAAGAGUAUCUUAAAACGACACACAAGUACCCACACUGGCGAUAAACUUUUUGCCUGCUCAAUUUGUGAUCAAAGAUUCAGGAACAACGGAAACUUGAUAUUCCACAGAAGAACCCACACUGGUGAAAAACCUAUUUCCUGCUCAGUUUGUGGAAAAGGUUUUUUUCAGGCAGGAGACUUAACAAAACACACAAGAACUCACUUUGGCGAAAAACCUUUUCCCUGCUUAGUUUGUGGAAAAGGUUUUGGUCAGGCGGGAGACCUAAAAAGACACACAAGAACCCACACUGGCGAAAAACCUUUUUCCUGCUCAGUUUGUGGUCAAAGAUUCAGUCAAAAACAUAGCUUGAAAAUACACACAAGAACCCACACUGGAGAAAAACCUUUUUCUUGCUCAGUUUGUGGUCAAAGAUUCAAUCUCAAGAGUACCUUAAAACGACACACAAGAACCCACACUGGCGAAAAACCUUUUUCCUGCUCAGUUUGUGGUCAAAGAUUCAGUCAAAAACAUAGCUUGAAAAUACACACAAGAACCCACACUGGAGAAGAACCUUUUUCUUGCUCAGUUUGUGGUCAAAGAUUCAAUCGCAAGAGUAUCUUAAAACGACACACAAGUACCCACACUGGCGAUAAACUUUUUGCCUGCUCAAUUUGUGAUCAAAGAUUCAGGAACAACGGAAACUUGAUAUUCCACAGAAGAACCCACACUGGUGAAAAACCUAUUUCCUGCUCAGUUUGUGGAAAAGGUUUUGUUCAUGCAGGAGAAUUAACAAAACACACAAGGACCCACACUGGCGAAAAACCUUUUUCCUGCUCAGUUUGUGGUCAAAAAUUCACUCAAAAAAGUAGUUUGAAAAUACACACAAGAAUUCACACUGGAGAAAAACCUUUUACCUGCUCAGUUUGUGGUCAAGGAUUCGCUCGCAAGGAUCGGAUUAAGAGACACGUGUGUGUUGGUGUGAGAAGCAGUGGCCAAUGAGUGUUUUGCUUGUCAUACAUUCUGGUUUCAUCAGAUUUGACACACAGGACAAUUGUAUUCUGUAGAGCUUCCUUAAAUCCUGUUGAGGGUUGGUACUUUUGGUGCCUUACAUGUGCUUUGUCUAAUCCACAGGUGUCAAACCGAUUCCAGAAAGGGCCAAGUGGGUGCAGGUUUGCUUUCCAACCAAUGAAGAGGACACCUUUUCACCAAUCAGAUCUUUUCCAUGUGUAAUCAGUUAAACUUUGUCAGGUGCUGCUUGUUUCAGUAGGAAGUUCAUUGGUUAAACCCUCUGCACGGUAUCUGUUGGAACAAAAUCCAGCACCCACUUGGCCCUUUCUGGAAUCAGUUUGACAACUGUGGUCUAACCCUUGUAUGUUGUGCAUCCACACUAUUGCCAAAAGUAUUUGCUCACCCGAUUUAAUUCUCAAGGUCCAUCAUAUACAGUAUAUAUUCAAUACUCUCCCUCUUUCAAACUAGUUUUCACAGAUAUUUGAAACCGUAGACCCCAAACUAAAAAAAUUCAAAAGUUAUUUGAAAACACAGCCUCACGUGAUGCUUUCAUCAUUGUUGACUUUAGUGAAUUAUUAAUUAUUAUUGAUUAAUUGCUAAUUGCAUCUUUUGUCCACCUGUCAGACAGAAUAACAUACAAAUGGGUUUGCCUGGCACCGCCAGACUAUUCUCCCUGUAUUUUUCAAACACUGUCAGAAAUAGUCUGGGACCCAGCCCAUUAAUGGCCUCUCGAGCACAGACAAAAUAAACCGUUCAAUCCGAUUCAUUUAUUUGCGUGACGUGUCUUAACGAGCAACGUCACUCUCCCGCGUCGGAAGUCGUCUCCACAACAACGCAGAUGGCGAACAGGAGAGCCGAGAAUAUGUUCCAAUCCACGGUAAAAUCAGUUUUAAAUUACCAAAAACACAUCGACACAAGUCCAUGACAACAGUCUGUUUCGCGCUAGCCAUUUUGAAUAAACUCCGCUCUCCUCGUAUGUUUACUUCCGCGGGCAAGUCCCUCGUCCUGCCCUCGUCGCUUUACUAACUUCACGUCCGCCCGUCGCUGAUUGGUCCACUCUGCUGUCUGUUUGCUGGGCUUGCUCCGCCCUGGAAAUUGUAUCCACUGAAUGGUGGUCAGACUCAACCGCUGGAACAGCGGUGAGUCUGGUAUACCAGGCAACAAAUGGGUAGUAGUGGCACAUAUGCUCCUUGGGACUAGAGGUGGGAAUCUUUGGGCACCUAACGAUUCAAUUCUGAUUCAGAGGGUCCGAUUCAAUUACAAUUCGAUUAAUCACGCGUCCCCCCCCCCACCCGCUUUUAAAUUUUUGUACGUUAGUUCCAUAAUUGUUUAGAAAUCCAGUCUUGCUAAACCAAACUACUAUUUCAGUAUCAAGUUAACAGCUAAAAAGCAAUCAAUAAAAAAAAUCAAGUCCCCAUUCUGCAUCAGCAGCUUUAAACUACAUUCAUUUAGUUUGUUGUUAAUCCUAUAAAGUUGUUAAAAUUGCUCCCAUUAUUCCAUAAUUUCCAAUUUCGUCGAAGUUUUAAAACUGUUUCAUUAUUUAAAGAUAGAUUCAAGUCAAGAUUUUGCCGAUUUAGGAGUAUUUUAGAUAAAAAGUUUAUUAGGUUCACUGCAACAGAGACAACAGAUCGCUUGUGAGAAGGCAGGUUUGCUGGAGGUGUCUUUUGAUGGCCAAAAUAAAAAAGGCUUUGAACGCUUUGGGCUCGCACCUGGUACCAUCCGAGUGGAAUAAGUCCAACUUCCCACCUUCCUCGAAUGCAGCAUAAGUACGGGUGGCCGAAGCACUCCUGUCUAUUGUGGUCAAAUUACACAUCUAAAAAAAAAAUAGUCCUGCAGAAAUAAAUGAAUUACGGCAGUUUGGUGUAACAUUGUUUUGACCCCAUUUGUACUUUGAACAACGAUCUGAAUUUUGAAUUUGUUUGACUAUGUUAGAUCCAUAAAUAUCUUUUUUUAUUGGCAUGCUAGCAAGGGACCAUUGACUCGCACUAGCUUAGCCACUCCGGAGCCCCGAAAUGAUCAAAACACUAACAAACUGCACGGAAUUUGUUGAAAUCAACUGCACCGACUAAUUAAACCCCCGCUAUGAAUGGCCGAGUCAAAGCCCAGAUCUUAAUCCCACUGAGAUGCUGUGGGGUGACUUGAAACGGGCUGUACAUGCAAGAAACCCCUCAAAUAUCUCACAGUUUAAAGUAUUCCACGUUGAGGAGUGGACAAACUUUCUUUAGACCGAUGUCAAGGACUGGUAAAUGGCUACAAAAAGCAUCUCACCGAAGUUAUUCAAAAGGUCAGUCAAAAGGGCUAACACUAUAGCUAUUAGGUGGUAGGGUGUCCUAACUUUUUCCUAAGUUAGAAUAUGCAUUUUUGUUGAUAUAUUUGGUCUAAUGAGUAAAAAAUGUCCAUUGUUGUUGUUUACCUGCAAUGAAAUCACUUUCUUUUCCAGGGAUAAAGAAAAAUAUCAGACAUUGAUAUGUGAUUAUUUCUCA